GCGGCGCCGCCUUCCUGCCCGCGGCGCGGUGCGGAGCGGCGGCCGGAGCGCCCCGCACAGCCAUGGGCGAUGGGUGGCUGCCUCCGGACUGCGGCCCCCCGAACCGCUCCGUGGCCGGGGUGACGGCCGUGCCGCCCGGGAACAGGCAGCUGCCCGCCGCCGAGCUGCUGUCGCAGCAGUGGGCUGUGGGCAUGAGCCUGCUGAUGGCCCUGGUGGUGCUGCUCAUCGUGGCCGGGAACGUGCUGGUGAUCGCGGCCAUCGGGAGGACGCAGCGGCUGCAGACCCUCACCAACCUGUUUAUCACCUCGCUGGCCUGCGCCGACCUGGUGAUGGGGCUGCUGGUGGUGCCCUUCGGGGCCACGCUGGUGGUGAGGGGCACCUGGCUCUGGGGAUCCUUCCUCUGCGAGUGCUGGACCUCGCUGGACGUGCUGUGUGUGACGGCCAGCAUCGAGACCCUGUGCGUCAUCGCCAUCGACCGCUACCUGGCCAUCACCUCGCCUUUCCGCUACCAAAGCCUCAUGACCAAGGGUCGGGCCAAGGGCAUCAUCUGCACCGUCUGGGCCAUCUCUGCCCUGGUCUCCUUCUUGCCCAUCAUGAUGCACUGGUGGCGGGAUGACGACCCCCAGGCGCUGGAGUGCUACCAGGAUCCGGGCUGCUGCGACUUCGUCACCAACAGGGCUUACGCCAUCGCCUCGUCCAUCAUUUCUUUCUACAUCCCCCUUCUCAUCAUGAUCUUUGUGUAUAUGCGGGUGUACAGAGAGGCCAAGGAGCAGAUGAGGAAGAUAGAUAGGUGCGAGGGCCGGUUCUACGGCAGCCAGGAGCAGCCGCAGACGCCCCUGCCCGCUCACCCUCACCACCAGCCCAUCCUCGGCAACGGCCGGGCCAGCAAGCGAAAGACCUCUCGCAUCAUGGCCAUGAAGGAGCAGAAAGCCCUCAAGACUUUGGGUAUCAUAAUGGGGGUGUUCACUCUCUGCUGGCUCCCCUUCUUCCUGGUGAACAUCGUCAACGUCUUCAACAGGGACCUGGUGCCGGACUGGCUCUUCGUUUUCUUCAACUGGCUGGGCUACGCCAACUCCGCGUUCAACCCCAUCAUCUACUGCCGCAGCCCCGACUUUCGUAAGGCCUUCAAGAGGCUGCUCUGCUGCCGCCGGAAAGCCGACCGGUGGCUGCAGGGCGGCGGCGGGGAGCUGGCCCGGCUGCCCGGCGGCUUCGUCAGCACCGUGGGCUCCCCCGAGCGCAGCCUGGCCGGGACCUGGUCCGACUGCAACGGGGGCACACGGGGCGGCAGCGAGUCCAGCCUGGAGGAGAGACAUAGCAAAGCCUCCGACUCGGAGUCCAAGGGUCCAACUUAGGUGGGAAACCUAUGGCCAGAACUUGCUCUGCUUGCCCUGCUGAAGAACUGUACUGGGUGAUGCAUCUCCUGGACAAGUGUAAUGGCACUGAGGUAGGAUGAGUUUAGCCCACUGACCUCAGAAGGGCCAGCUGUGUCAGCAAAGCAGUCAGGAUUCAUCUGCUGUUGAAUUUUUGCCAGUUGAGGACCUGCUGGUUGAGUCUGGAGGCUGACACGUUGAGUGCCUUUGUAGACAGCUGAAGUAAUCCCACUGGCAGCCUGCACAGGGGAUGCCAGUCCGUCUUGCACGGCGUGGAAAAGGCGGUGGCACAGUAACAGUGAGGGCAGAGCAGGACAUAUGGCACACACGUGUGCGAGGAAGGGGAGGCUGCUGGCGAGCAGUCUGCUGUGGAUCACACUCAGAACAGGCUGUUCUCUGCAGGGAAGAAGGAUACUCUGAGAAGCAUUGUGGGGCAGCUGAAAUACUCCGGAGGCAAUGAGUCAAACGCUCAGGAUGAAUAUUUUUUUCUGACGAAAACCAGACAUGGAUUAGCAGUUGGAGCUGCAAGUCAGAAAGAAAAGGUGGUAGGCAUGCGGCUGCACACGUACGUGGGCAGGAAAGCAACAGCAAAGAUCCACGGGCCUGCAGGCAAUGGAGACACAGGUAAACCAGAAAUCCGCUCAGAGAAAAUGUCCUGCAGCUGCCAGGACCAGAAUUAUUUGGCGAGGAUGCCUGGAGACUUCCACAUGGAAGACGCCCGAUUCUCUACGGCGCCGGCCACACUCUGUGCAGUGUUUGCUCAGCACUUCUGAAAAGAAGGCUGCCUCUCUUCACGUGUUUAAAUGGGAAUAGACCGGAUUGAAGAACUGGAUUCAGUUUUCUGUGAGCUUAGGGAGGCUGAGGCUGUUUUAGACAUGCAGAACUCCUCACCAGUGAGAAAUGCACAGAAGCCCUCCUGCAAAUCCUCUCCACUCUGAGACUGCAACCCUCAGCAUCCACUGUUUAUAGCUCCAAGCAGCAUAGAACUGUGCAAAAAAGGUGGCUUAUGAUCUGAACUGUGUAUUUGACAGCAUCAGCUGGAUGUUUGAGUUGCUGCAUGCACUGUUUCUUACGCAGAUGCUGCUUUCCCUCUUGGGCAUCCACAUGUCC